CACGCGACUUCAGUCAAUGCGCAUUCGAAAGACUUUAUGACUCUAAUCGCAAACGUGACUGGUGAGGCGAAAGAGGAUUUCCUCGAUUUUAAAACGGCCGUGCAAGGCCUUUCUACGAUGUUCCCAUCGAUUUCGCAAGAAGAGAUUGAGCGAGUGUUGCGGGCAAAUGAAGGCAUUGUGGCAAAAACCAUCACCGAUCUGCAUAACAUCCCAAUGGAGAGGAGGUGCACUACGCUCACGUUAGCAUCCCAUCAAACUCAAAUUGCAUGCACUAAUGCAAGAGCAAAACGCCGCAACAUGAUCUGCUUUAUCAUUGUGGUUGCCGUAACAAUAAUUUUACUUAUGAUUCUUGUGAUCCUGUACUUGAAGCUGUGGAGGUGGCUCUGUGGGGCUCGGGUCAUCCAAGGAGCCCCUCUCCACCCUCUUCUGAAGGCCUUUUUUGGUCUAGUGAUUGAGUGGGGGAUUAUGGAGCAAAACACGGCAUUGGAUCCAGAAUCGCGAUAUCUGCGGCGGAUUUGUUACAGCUUCAACGUCAACUUCAAAAUGUUGGCCUCACUGGCAAUUUGGUUAUUUCAUCGGAAGAAGCAAUAG